CUUUUCCAGCAGGGAGAGGCGGCGGCGAGGCCAGCGGGCUCACGCACGGGGAACUCUAUUUAGUGCCUCCUGCUCGAAGAGUUCAUCAUCAGCAGCCGCGCUUUGCCCGUCUGAUGCCUGCCUGCAUCGUUUGCAUGGAUGAGCGUGCCUGAGGGCAGAGGAACACAAGAGAGGAGAGACAAUUGAACAUCACCAUUGGCCGAGACCUGAAAAAAUGGUGCUGGAUGAACAGAGGAUUAGAACUUAAUUGUAAAAGGGAUAUAAAGUCUUGGCAGGUGAUUUGCUUCAUUUCCACAUUCAUCAUGACCCGUAUCCUCUGGCUGGCUGGUUGAUGGGACUGUCCAACACUUCUUACUUGAAUUCGGUGCAGAUCCUCUCUGCCUACAUUUUGAAAGACCUGGGAUCAGGUGGGAACUGGACGGUGCCCAAUACAGGAAUGGAAAGAGAAAUGAACUCUGAUGAGCUAAGAUGGAAGUGACUUAAGAGCUCCAAGAUCAGCAAUUGUCUCCAGUAAGGACAGGUUAAGACGGGAAUCUCAAGCUUCGCUGGGAGAGCAGUAUGCAGGAAGCUGGUUUUCAGGCCACAAAUGCUUUCACAGAGUGCAAAUUCACCUGCGCCAGUGGCAAAUGCUUGUAUCUUGGUUCGUUGAUUUGUAACCAACAGAAUGACUGUGGGGAUAACAGUGAUGAAGAGAACUGUCUGCUUGUAACGGAGCAUCCACCUCCAGGGAUCUUUAGCUCUGAACUGGAGUUUGUUCAAAUCAUCAUUAUAAUUGUGGUUUUAACUGUUAUGGUGGUAGUGAUCAUCUGCUUGUUGAACCAUUACAAACUCUCGACACGCUCCUUUAUCAACCGACAGAGCCAAAGCAGAAGACAGGAAGAAACUUUGCAGACAGAAGGGUGCUUGUGGCCUUCAGAAAGCUCGGUUUCACGCCAGGGUGCUUCAGAGAUCAUGUAUGCUCCAAGGUCCAGGGACAGGUUUACCGCCCCAUCCUUUAUGCAGCGGGACCGUUUCAGUCGCUUCCAGCCCACUUACCCUUACAUGCAGCAUGAAAUCGACCUUCCUCCGACCAUCUCCCUCUCUGACGGGGAAGAGCCACCUCCGUACCAAGGCCCGUGCACCCUUCAGCUCCGGGACCCAGAACAGCAGAUGGAGCUCAACCGGGAAUCCGUCAGGGCACCACCCAACCGAACAAUUUUUGAUAGCGACUUGAUAGACAUCUCAAUGUACAAUGGGGGCCCCUGCCCACCAAGCAGCAAUUCGGGCAUAAGUGCAACCAACUACAGCAGUAAUGGAAGGAUGGAAGGACCACCCCCGACGUACAGCGAGGUCAUGGGGCGUUACCCAGGCUCCUCUUUUUUCCAUCACCAGCACAGCAACGCGGCUCCUUCCUCGCAGAGGGGGAGCAGACUUCAGUUUCAGCAGAACAAUUCAGAGAGCACAAUAGUCCCCAGCAAAGGCCAAGACCGGAAAUCAGGAAACCUGGUCUAACGUUACUCACCCAGGUGCACUUGAACUGAAGACAAGAGAUUCAAGCAGAGCAGUGGAGGAAGACCCCCAUGCUCCGGUGCACAAUGUUGUUACGUUUCAUGUGGUACAACUUAGUAAAAACCAAACGUGCAAACCAGUUACUUGUUUCUGAUUCCUUUCAGGGGAAUUGCAUGCAAAGCAGAUUGAAAGAAAUACAAACUUCCAUUCAGUUUGUCUACAAGCAGUGUUUCAGGGGAGAGGGGGGGGAAUAUAUUAUUUUUUUUUAAUAAACUAUUUCAAUUAUUUAAUUCUAAAAAGUUAACUUAGCACAGAAAUAAGGCUUGUACAGCCUGUUUUAUACUCACUGAAUGGCAGAAGGAAGGAGGUGUUUUUGCUAGAUAAAUGGGGGAAGAAUUGGCCAGUUUGCUUUUUUUUUUCUCCCAGGGUGUGGAUUUUUUUUAAUAUGAAACAAAAUUCCUGUUCUGUGUGCCAAGGUAUAAAGUUGAGAACUUAGAUGAAUGCAAGGAAUUAAUUUGUGUUGUGAUAAAUGUGUUUUUAAAAGUUGCACUAUCUUAAUGUUUUAAAAAAUAUAUAU